UCCUCGGACCUUAGUUUGAAGCGGGACUCCUCCUGUGCGUCUCCUCCUCCGUAGUUUCGCCGGGACUGCGCGCGGCGGUCUCCGCAGGACGUGACAGGGACUUUGGAGGCUUGUUUUCGGAGGGGGGGAACUUGGUGUCGUCGUGGAGGGAUUUUCUCCCUCAGCCCCGAGUUGGAGCGGUGACAGCGAGGGGGACAGCCGGGGGAAUAAUCGAUAUACCCCGUCCUGCGCGGGGAGUGUAUGCGGCUGACGCACCAGCAGCUCCGUGCCGAGCCGAGCCGAGCCGAGCCAGUCCCUGCCAUGCCAGUCCGAAAGAAAGACGCACAGCGAGCGCUGCUGCUGCUGGAGGAGUACCGGGCCAAGCUGAACCACACCGAGGACCGGCAGCUCCGGCACUCCAUCCAGAGGGUCAUCGACAUCUUCCAGAGCAACCUCUUCCAGGCUCUCAUAGAUAUCCAGGAAUUUUACGAAGUGACCUUAUUGGACAGUCAGAGAUGGGUGGAGUCUUCCAAAGGGGCGGACCCCAUGGCGCCCGUCAACCUGUGGGACUUCUCUAGCCUUCAAAGCACAACGGUGACCUCGGACACUCUGCCCAGCCUUAGCACCAGCAUCGAGGACUCCCCCCUCCUAAACGAAAUCCUCCACACGUUGGCACAGGCCAAACGCACGCCGGCCCGUGACGGACAAAAGUACCGGCACCAUGAUGAGGACUCAUCCCCACAAGACCAGAGCUCUCCCCAGCUGACGGAGGAGGCCGGGGGAGCGGAGCUCGUCCAGGUAGCAGAGAAGAACCUGUCCCAGAUAGAGAACGUGCACGGAUAUGUCACGCACGCUCACAUCUCACCUAUGAAGGUAGCAGCUCUGGAAUGCAUCUUUGACGGCUCCUCAGUGUUAGGACAGCAUCAUCCGGAGCUCCCCUCCCCUACGCCCUCCACCCUCUACCCCCUCGGAGAGGACAGCUCCCUCCCCUCCUGCUCCUCCAACCCUUACCCCCCGAUCCAGGCCGAAGCCGCCCCGCCUUCCUCUCCCAUAAUCCCUGUGAUCCCAAUCCCACCAAUCCCAGCCGAGACCACCAUCAUCCCCACGACGUCACAGGCCAAUCCUCCCCCUGUGGUGGUCAACACAGAAAGCUUGGAUACGCCUCCAUAUGUGAACGGGACGGAGGCUGACUAUGAGUACGAGGAGAUCACGCUGGAGAGGGGAAACUCGGGUCUGGGCUUCAGCAUCGCAGGCGGCACCGACAACCCCCACAUCGGCGAAGACCCGAGUAUCUUCAUCACUAAAGUCAUACCUGGAGGAGCGGCGGCCCAGGACGGACGACUCAGGGUCAACGACGUCAUCCUGAGAGUAAAUGAGGUGGACGUCCGGGACGUGACCCACAGCCGGGCCGUGGAGGCGCUGAAGGAGGCGGGCUCUCUGGUCCGGCUCUACGUCCGCAGGAGAAAACCCGUUUCUGAGAAAGUGAUGGAGAUCAAGCUGGUGAAGGGACCCAAAGGUCUUGGCUUCAGUAUAGCGGGCGGAGUCGGGAACCAGCACAUCCCGGGUGACAACAGUAUCUACGUCACCAAGAUCAUCGAAGGUGGAGCGGCACAUAAAGACGGGAGGCUGCAGAUUGGAGACAAACUAUUGGCUGUGAACAGUGCUUGCCUGGAGGAGGUGAGCCACGAACACGCCGUCACUGCCUUGAAAAACACUCCCGACGUGGUCUACUUGAAAGUGGCUAAACCCAACAGUGUCUUCAUGAACGACAGCUUCGCCCCACCCGACCUCACCAACUCGUACUCCCAGCACAUGGAGAACCAUAUCAGCCCCCCAAACUUCCUGAGCCAGCCCCUUCCUCUGCCGGCAUCCUCGGGACGCUACUCUCCGACACCGAAGAGCAUGCUGGGAGAUGACGACGUCACCCGGUCACGUGACGUGUGUGUGUGGUCCGACAGGGAGCCCAGGAAGGUGGUGCUGCACAGAGGAGCCACGGGCCUGGGGUUCAACAUCGUGGGCGGAGAGGACGGAGAGGGCAUCUUCAUCUCGUUCAUCCUCGCCGGAGGACCGGCGGAUCUCUGCGGAGAGCUGAGGAAAGGAGACCGACUCGUCUCGGUAAACGGGGUCGACCUCCGCAACGCCACCCACGAGCAGGCCGCCGCCGCGCUGAAGAACGCCGGACAGACGGUGACCAUUAUCGCCCACUACAGGCCGGAGGAGUACAGCCGCUUCGAGGCGAAGAUCCACGACCUGCGGGAGCAGAUGAUGAACAGCAGCAUCAGCUCGGGCUCCGGGUCUCUGCGGACGAGUCAGAAGAGGUCGCUGUACGUCAGAGCUCUGUUUGACUACGAUAAGACCAGAGACUCCGGUCUGCCCAGUCAAGGACUCAACUUCAAGUUCGGGGACAUCCUCCACGUGGUGAACGCCUCCGACGACGAGUGGUGGCAGGCCCGGCAGCUGACGGCACAGGGGGAGGUGGAGGAGGUCGGAGUCAUCCCCAGCAAGAGGCGGGUGGAGAAGAAGGAGAGGGCGAGGUUAAAGACGGUCAAGUUCAACGCCAAGUCUCGAGACCGAGGGCAGUCUCUCAAUGACAAGCGUAAAAAGAACCUCUUUUCCCGAAAGUUUCCGUUCUACAAGAGCAAAGAGGCGAGCGAGCAGGAGACCAGCGACGUUGACCAACACGUGACGUCUAACGCCAGCGAUAGUGAGAGUAGCUACCGCGGCCAGGAGGAAUACGUUCUGUCCUACGAGCCCGUCGUCCAGCAGGAAGUUAACUACACGCGUCCCGUCAUCAUCCUUGGCCCGAUGAAGGACCGGAUCAACGACGACCUGAUCUCCGAGUUCCCCGACAAGUUUGGAUCCUGCGUUCCCCACACCACCCGGCCCAAGCGGGACUACGAGGUGGACGGCAGAGACUACCACUUCAUGGUGUCGCGGGAGCAGAUGGAGAAAGACAUCCAGGACCACAAGUUCAUCGAGGCGGGGCAGUACAACAACCACCUGUACGGCACCAGCGUGCAGUCGGUCCGGGAGGUGGCCGAGAAGGGGAAGCACUGCAUCCUGGACGUGUCGGGGAACGCCAUCAAGAGGCUCCAGCUGGCUCUGCUCCACCCCAUCGCCAUCUUCAUCAAGCCCAAGUCUGUGGAGAACAUCAUGGAGAUGAACAAGCGUCUGACGGAGGAGCAGGGCAGGAAAACCUUCGACCGAGCCACCAAGCUGGAGCAGGAGUUCACAGAGCAUUUCACAGCCAUCGUGCAGGGCGACACCCUGGAGGAGAUCUACGAGCAGGUGAAGCAGAUCAUCGAGGAGCAGUCGGGUCCGUUCAUCUGGGUUCAGUCCAAGGAGAAGUUAUGAAGCCCCCCCCCCCGAUGACUCCUCGUCUUUAGGUUCAGUUUGUUUCAUUUCGAAGGAAGAGCCCCCCCCUCUCCCCCCUCCCCCCUCCUGUUGCCUGGCGAGGACUCGGGCAGAGUAAAGCACACGGAGAGUCUGAGGACUUCUGGUACAGCUCCUUAAUGUUUAAGGGAGGAGAACUUCAGAAGACGAGGACAGAGCGACACCCUGAAGCGUACGAAGCAGAUCCCACCUUUUCUGUUGUUUUUUUCUUUGUGGGUUCCCCUCCCCCCUCCCCCCCCCCCGCCCCUGUUCGUUUGUUUGUUUUUGUCCUGUGAGGUGAGCCGGUGGACGGAGUUUCAGUCUCAGGCAGCGUCCGUCCGUCGUGCCGGAGGGAGCGGAGACACAAAAAGCAAAACUUUGCACGUUUGAGCUUUAACAGCAUGUCAGUUUAUUCCCCGUUUAUUUCCCAUCAGCCCCUUCACCUCAGCGUCUGACGUCACGGCUUUUCUCCUCAGUUUCUGCGCUCAUUUCAUCGAUUUUUCUCUUGUAGGUUUUGUUUUUUUGUUUUUUUUACUUGAUUCACAUUAAGUUUGUUUUGCUCCUCACUGCCGCCGGACGUCGUGGAGACGCUGCAGUGUUCCUGCUCUGACACUGGAGGGCGCCGCACCAAACAGCACCAACACUCAUUAAAUAGCUUAUUGAGAACUGUGAGUCUCUAUAAAGGAUGUUUUUAAUCCAACAAUUAAAUUUAAAAAGUUUUUUGGAGAGAGGGAAAAAAUGUGACUGCGCUCCGGAAAUAUUUCCAUUUCUCACACAAGUCACUUUAAUAUUGAAACCAGCCAGAAGAAAUAGACAAAUAUAAACUCAGAGCGAUUAAAGUUCAGUGCAAUGACCAAAGGAAGACAGCCGAUAUUAUCUUUACUUAGAAAAACUACUAUAAAACUAUUAAAGCAUUAUUUUAUUACACAGAAAAUAAAACUGCCUCAAAUGAGAUUGAAGAUCCUCUAUACUAAUAGGUGAAACAAAAAUCACUUUAGUGUUUCUGCUGAAUGAAAAGUAGAAAUAUCACUGUGAUCACAGGUUUUUUUAAGACUAUAACAAAGGAAAAUACUAAAUUUAACAAAUAGAGUAUUAUAUUAAACCCAAACUAGAGUACUUUUCUCAGUAAGUAUAAAGAUAAAUAUUUAAUAAAUCAUUAAACAUAUUUUUGUUACGAUGGUAUAAAAGCUUAAAUCAAAUCACAAGAAUGGACAGUUAUUUUACUAUAUAAAGUGUAUUUUUAUUACGAGUGAAUGAUCUUAGUUUUAAAUUAAUAAGGAUGCUCUUAUUUAAUUACAAACUACUUUUCGUGCUCAGUCAUAUUUUUUUUUCUCUUGACAUAAUUAAAACCUUUCCUCCGUCGUGUUUUGGGUGCGUUUGAUGUCGUGUCGGCGCCCUCCGGCGUCAGCCGGAACCCCGCCGGACGUCACGGCGACGUCCGACAGCAUCGUCAGUGUCUUACCACGGAAACGAUGUCGAUCAUGUGACGGGCGAGGACGCGCCCGGAGACGAGCUGCCAGCUCCGGGCGUCCGCCAGUGUCGAUUCUUGUACAAUGAGAUUUUGACAGAUAUUUAACCCUCUCGGUAAACUGCCUAUUUUGUUAUAAUAAAAGUCUAUAUUGAACUUUACUUAAGCACUACUACUACGGGAAUUAUUUUCUUUGCAUUGUUAAUCAUAUAUGAAUAGAAAAAGUAUAAAGAUAUUUGAAUAUGAAUAUAUAUAUUUUUUCUUUUUUUCUUCAAUCACCACCUCCUCUGUCUUUUAAUUUUCUUUUUUAAGCAUAAUAAAAAUCUUAACAAGAAAACCCGCCUCUGAA